AUUAAAACUAGGACAUUGGUUUGUUUAACUACCCAGCUAUUAUAAACCGGUGUUAUCAGUUAUCAUUAAGUUAUAUUUAGAUUCCAACGCGGGUAUACUCAUGUGAGAUACUACAAUAUUAAUACAUCGAAGGAUUUUAUAAACAGUCAAGUCAAUUUUCAUCUUGACUUAGCAUUUAGAAUGGCGUUACGUUUGCUGAGCCUUGUGGCGCUAUGUGUUGUCACUGUUUAUGGACAAACCAAGUACUGCUGCCAUCCGGUGACCUGGGAAUCCGUUAACUUUCUUCAUGAAGGACAAGUUGCCUCGGGAACAAAGAAAGCAGUAUUUACUGAGGGUACUGAAAUGACGUCAGUUGACGGGGACGGACACAGGAUAGCUUCACUAUCAACACUGAAUUCUGGAGGAUUCAAAGUCAAUGUACAGAUAGUACAACUCUUUGAUAAGGGAGUAAUGUACACAGUACAGAGUGGAGAAUGCAAGCAGACACAGUUACCUCCCUGGACGCCAAAAUGUGUACCAGACAGUGCAACACUUCUAAAACACUCAUACUACGGAGUUGGCGACGAUAAAAUUGAUAUAGACAUAUAUGGUAUACAGUCCGGGCCUAACACUAUAUAUCUGACAGUAUCGUCUGCUGACUGCACGCCCAUGUACCAGUCUGCUUAUGGGACGGCCUGA